AUGUGGGGCUGUCAACCCGAGACACUGCCGCAAGCCCUGUGUCUCUGUAUGACUCACAGUCAAGCAUACACAAACCGCCACAACCAGAUCGUUAACCGAGUGAAAGCCACUGCCUCCACCAAGUUCACUGUCACCCACGAGAAUCAGCCAGUGGGUACGACAAACCUCCGUCCCGAUCUUGUACUUUGCAGGGGUGAGGAGGCAAUCAUCGUGGACGUGACCUGCCUGUUCGACAAUCAGCCCGCAGACCUGAACGCGGCCCGCCAGGCGAAGGAAGGGAAGUACCAGCCUGUUCGGGAGUACCUGCUGCGCAAAUUCCAGAAGGCGUCCGUGGUGGCGAUCGUCGUCGGAGUGCUCGGAUCCUGGGACCCCUGGAACGACCGCGUCAUGCGCCUCUUCUGCAGCAGGAAGUACCUGUGGCUCUUCAAGACGCUCGCAGUCAGCGAGACCAUCGCCACCUCUCGCGACGUCUACGCAGAGCACAUCGCUGCCAAGUGA